AUGACCUCGACCUUCCUUCUCUCCCGGCUCCUCGCCGCGCUCACCUUAUCAAAGCCCCUAUUCCUAACACCACAAGCAACAACAGCAGCAGCAGCUACCCGCGCCCUCCCAUCAUACCUUCACCACAAGCACAACACCACUCAAAUACAACAGGUACAAUCCCCAAACCCAACCAGAAACACACACACACACCCUAGUACACCAACCCAAUCUAACAAAUGCAAACAAAAACUAGACCCGCCCCCUCUCCACACCCCGCACCACCUCUCGUCCCCCUUCCGCCUCACCACCAACAAUCCCAACACAUACACUCCCGAAGAUGCCGAAGGCGAAUACUACAGCCCCUACAAACCGAAACGCCAAUGGCCACCGGACAUGUCGAAGCUCUCUCCGAAGCACCAGUUCCGUUUAGAACGGAAGUACCGGCGUCGCGCGGCGCUGAAAUACGCUCGGCCGAAGUGGGUUAAAGCGACCAAGAUUACUCAGUGGGUGGUUAUUGGGUUCGUUCUGGUGUAUGCGUUGCUCUUCAUGGAGUGGGAUGAGCGCGGGAGUCCGUUUGAUGAGAUUCGACGGACGUUCUUUGCUGGUGUCAAGGGUGCUUUCUCGACGCCGCCGCCUCCUCGUCCGGUGAAGAGGUCGGAGGAUGAGUCAGUAUCCUAUCCUGUACAACUAUCAUAUGAUUUGAAUAUAAUGACAGCGAAGCUUAAGCCGCUCAUGUUGACAAUAGUAGAAAACUAA